UCUGUCCACCAGAGUCUGGAGAGUGAGGAGGCCAAGGUGUUCUAUAGUGUUGCCAUGGAGAUGGUUGACAUGGUGUUCGGGGUGACAACCAGUCCAGAGGUCUUCCAGAAAUAUGAAGUAAAUAACAACAGAGUGGUGCUGUUCAAGAAGUUUGACGAGGGCAGGGUAGACCUGUCUGUGUCUGAGGAGGAGAAGGUGGGUAAAGAGGAGCUGAUUGUCUUCAUCAGGACCAACAGUCUGGAGCUGGUCAUAGAGUUCAACGAGCAGAAUGCGGAUAAGAUCUUUGGUUCAAAGGUUCACACCCACACCCUCCUGUUCAUCAACUCUACAGUCCAGGAGCAGAAGAGCCUUCUGACUGAAUACAGCACCGUGGCCAGGGACUUCAAGGGCAAGGUAUUGUUCAUAAUUAUAGAUGUAACGGGACCAGUCAGUCAUGUCCUGAAGUACUUCGGUCUUUCCGAGGGCGACGCCCCCGCUGUACGCAUCAUCAACACCGACACCACCAAGAAGUUCGCUCUGAUUGGACAGAUAACGGCCGCCACACUCCAAACGUUCUGUCAGGGAGUUCUGGACGGAACCGUGAAGUCUCACCUGCUGAGCGAGGAGGUACCAGAGGACUGGGAUAAAGGACCCGUUAAAGUUCUGGUCGGGAAGAACUUUGAGGCUGUCGCCCUCGACAACAACAAGAAUGUCUUCGUAGAGUUCUAUGCCCCAUGGUGCGGUCACUGUAAGGAGCUGGCUCCUGUCUGGGAGAAGCUGGCAGAGAAGUACGCUGACCGGGAUGACAUCAUCAUUGCCAAGAUGGACGCCACGACCAAUGAGGUGGAGGGAGUGUCUGUGUCUGGCUUCCCUACACUACGAUACUACCCUGCUGGAGAAGACAGCAAGGAGGUAGAGUACAGUGGGACCAGAGACUUGGAGAUGUUUGCUAUGUUCCUGGAUAAUGGAGGACAGCUUCCGAAGGUGGAAGAGGAUGAGGAUAAUGAAGAUGAAGAGGAGGUCACUGAUGAGUCAUCGCCACCGCCAGCCAAUGAGACGUCUAAAGACGAGCUGUAAAGUCAGAGCACCGAAUCGAUCAAGAGUAGUUUAUUGGUUUCUAUGGUUUCUCUUGGUUUAAUAAUAAAAGUGAUUUGAUUCUGAA